CAUAAUUAUUUGUUAUUUUAUUAUUUGUUGAUUAUUUUCUGUUAAAUAUGUGCUAACUUCUGUUCGUGAUCGGUAAAUAAAGAACAUCUUUCACGAAUAAAGAUAAAACCGCAACCCCCGCGCGCGCGCACACGAGGUUUGAUCUAUAAAUAAACAUGUUGAGUAGUAGUAGUUAGUAUACUGUAAAUUAAGAUGGCAACACAAGAGAGUCGUCCUCCACCACCAAACUUCCCCCCUGGUCUUUGGGGUUCUAUCUUGGCUUCAGUUUCAUUAUCCACCCCUAAUAUCGAGCCGAAGGAAAUCGAAACGCUAAAAGAAAAAGCAAAAGAAAUGCUUUUGAUUUCCACAGAGGAUUUACUCCAAAAUAUUGAGUUGAUCAAUUUACUAUGCCGCCUUGGCCUGUCAUAUCAUUUUGAAAGUGAAAUUGACGAGCAGUUGUCUUAUAUAUUUAGCAACCUUAACCUCGAUGAUCUGUCUGAUGAUUUUGAUAGCGGCUCCGAUCUCCACAACAUGGCAACAUUGUUUCAAAUUUUAAGACAACAUGGAUAUAACGUAUCUUGUGAUGUGUUCAAGAAAUUCAAAGACUGUGAUGGUAAUUUCAAGAAAACGAUAACCAAUGAUUCAAGAGGCAUCUUGAGCCUAUACGAAGCCACAUUUGUAGGCAUGCAUGGAGAAGAAGAUAUUCUUGAUAAAGCGCGAUCUUUCGCAAGGCCGUUGUUGGAAUCUCUGGCAACAGAAUCAGACUCGCAUCUCGCACAAUACAUUAAGAAUGCCUUGAGAGUUCCAUUCCACAGAGGAUUGCCAAGAUUAGAGGCUAGGAAAUACAUUUGUUUCUACCAACACCAAGAGAAUCAUAAUGAAACUCUACUCAAGUUUGCAAAACUCGAUUUUAAUCGCGUCCAGUUGAUGUACCGACAGGAGAUAGCCUUUCUUUUAAGGUGGUGGGAAGAUCUAAAUCUUGAAAAAGAUUGUCAUUAUGCUAGAUGGGACAGAAUCGUAGAGGGAUAUUUGUUGGGAGUUGGGGCACAUUUUGAACCUCAAUUUUCUCUUUCUCGCAUAUUUCUUGGCAAGUUCAUACAACUUGUAUCACUGUUAGAUGAUACAUAUGAUUCCUAUGGUACGCUGGAAGAACUAAAAUGCCUUACUAAUGCAUUUGAGAGGUUCACCAUGGAUGCCUCAGAUGAGAUACCUUCAGAACAUACCAAUAUUAUUUAUAAGGAAUACAUAAAUUUCUUUGAGGAUAUGGAGAAAGAUGCUAUCAAGAAAGGGAGAUGUUACAUUGUUCAUCACACAAAGGAGAAAUUCAAGGAACUGGUGAGAUCCUACCAUCUUGAAGCGCAAUGGUAUCAUGGUGGAUAUUUGCCAUCAUUCAAUGAGUAUAUGAAAAAUGCAUUGAUCUCGAGCAGUUUUGAUGUACUUACGCCAAUUGCCUUCAUCGGAAUGGAAACAAUUGCAGGAGUUGAAGAAUACAAAUGGUUAGAGACUAAUCCCAAAAUUGUUCAGGCUUCGAAAGUGUCUGCUCGUCUUCUAAAUGACAUGGUUGCACGCAAGGACGAACUAAAGAAGGGGCACUGUUUAUCUUGGGAUUGCUACAUGAAAGAACAUGGAGUAUCAAAAGAGAAGGCGAUUGAAGAAAUGAAGAAGAUGGUGGAAGAUGCAUGGAAGGAUAUGAAUGAAGAAAUAAUGAAGCCUAAUUCCAUAGCAAUGCCUCUUCUAAUGACUAGUCUAAACCUUGGUCGAGUAAUGGAUGUAGUUUACACUGAUUGUCGAGAUGGAUUCACCUAUUCAUUAAAUUCUGAAGAUGUCGUCAACCAAUUGUUCUUCGAACAACUACCUCACUGAUGGAUUUCUACACCAUUCUUCUUUCUCGAGUGUGCGUUUUUCUAUCAUACGCGACUGAAAUAUUUGGUGUAAACCAAAAAAUAAUAAAGGGUGCUUAGGUGUUAUUCAUUUUCUUUUUUACCGUCUCUGUAAGGAAAUUUGUACUUUUGAAGUUCCACUCUUUUGGUUUGAGUAUGAAGAUACAAGGAACAGCGUUCGGAGAUACCUUUUUCUUGUUUUGUAUCAUUUUCCGUUCAUGAUAAAUCAAAGUCCUGCUUAAUAGAA